UGGAGCAGUAUUAGAAGAGUAAAUAUUUUAAGAGAUGAGAUGCUGUAUACAACCAUAACAUGAGGUGGAGAAGAACACAACCACAUUACGCAGGGAAAAGUUACCUUAACUUUACUAUCAGGAUGUUUUUUACACAUAAAGGUGAAGAAAUACUAUUUUCCAGUAGGAUGGUUUCAGUAAUACAGUAAUGUAAUGAGAUUAUAUUAAAUGGUUUAAAUAUUAAAUUGCUUUCUCUUGGAAAUGGAUCUGAAAUGGAUUUCAGUCAUCGUGCUAUUCUCAGCUGUCUGUGGUGUAUCUGCGUAUGUUCCUCACCAGUAUCAUGUUGUAAAUGAGGGUAAAACCUGGACUGAAGCUCAGAGCUACUGCAGACAGAACUACACUGAUCUGGCCACCAUCAACAACAUGGAAGACAUUAACACAAUUCCAAAUGACAAACUUCUGGAAGCUUGGAUUGGUCUGGAAAAAGUGAAGUGGCAGUGGUCUCUGCAAGAAGAAAUGUUCUACAGGGAGCUGGACUACAGUAACUGGAAGAGUGGAGAACCAAGGGAUACAAAGGAGAUCUGCGUUCAAAUGGAAGCUGAUGGAAAGUGGAAUGUUAAAAACUGUGUUGAAAAACUUCCUUUUAUGUGUUAUGAAGGAAAAAAUGCACAUAGAUACAUAUUGAUUAAGGACAAAAAAAACUGGCGUGAUGCUCAGAGCUUCUGUAGAGAACGCUACACAGAUCUGGCCAGAGUGAGGAACCAGACUGAGAACAAGGAGAUAAAGAAUGCAGCCAAAGGAAAAACUGUUUGGAUCGGCCUGUUCAGAGUCUCCUGGAAAUGGUCAGAUCAGAGUUACUCUUCAUUCAGGUACUGGAAGAAAAACCAACCAGAUAAUUUUGGUGGAAAUGAGAGCUGUGUGGAAAUGCUCAAGUCGGGUCAGUGGAAUGAUGUAAACUGUGAAACAAAGUUACCUUUCAUCUGCUAUAAGGUAAAAAAAUGUACAUACAUAUUGAUUAAUGGGGCAAGGACCUGGAGUGGUGCUCAGAGCUACUGCAGAAAAUAUCACACCGACCUGGCCAGUGUGAGGAACCAGACAGAGAACCAGAAAAUUUGGGAUUUGAUUCAAAAUGUAAGCAGUAAACGUGUUUGGAUCGGCCUGUUUUACGACUCCUGGAGGUGGCCAGAUCAGAGUGACUCCUCAUUCAGAUACUGGGCAUCUAGACAGCCAGAUCAUUUUGGUGGAAAUGAGGACUGUGCUGCAGUGUCUAUGACUGACCAGCGUCACUGGUCUGAUGUGAACUGCAAAAACAAGUUACCAUUCAUCUGUUACAAGAAUAAGCUGAUCUUGAUCAAGCAGAAUCUGACCUGGAGAGAAGCUUUGGGAUACUGCCGGGUGAAUCAUGUGGAUCUGGUCUCAGUUCAGUCUGAGGAGAUCCAGCUCUGGGUGAAGGACGUGGCACAGAAAGCCUCCAUUGACCAUGUGUGGCUGGGUCUGCGUCACACCUGCACCCUCAGCUUCUGGUACUGGGUGAGUGGAGAGUCUAUCUGCUACCAGAACUGGGCUCCAGGUAACGGGACAGGAGGAGAAGACUGCAGCUCUGUAGAGAGAACCGGAGCAGUGCAGGCUAGAGGGGGUCAGCAGUGGGUCAGCCUGCCUGAGGACCACAAACUCAACUUCAUCUGCACCACCUAUGAAGACUGAAAACAAACUGUGGCCCAUCAUCUGUACCCAACCUCAGUGGAUCAGCAUUGCUUUCAUGUCUAUAUUUGCGUUUUUGUGCAGAUUUAAAAGGGUGAAAAGAUGUUUAUUAUCAUAUUCUUUAAUCAUAUACCUUAAGUUUUCUAACAAAAGCAAUUUGCAAUAUAUUGCUAUAGGAAUUUAAAAUGUCCAGACAUAAAAUGUUUUAUUUUAUUUAUUUAUUUUUUUACUUACAUCAUUAUAUUUUUAAUGAUUUCUCUUCUGUGUGAUUCAUCCUGAACAUAGAAUCAGGAACUAAAAAUGACUGACUGGUUCACUGCUAUGUUAAAUCUGUUGCCAGAGAAGUUCCAGCAUGCUGGCCAUAUAUAAAGGCUAUACCUGAUAAAACGGUACUUUUUGAAAAAACAUACAACAAAAACAGAAGACUUGCGCAUAUUUUAUAGUCUUAUAACAGCUUGACUUAUCAAUGUUAGUGCAUGUAGCAAUGUUUUAUCACAAGCCGUGGGCAUUUGUCCUUUUUUUGAAUGUAUGAAUUUUGAAACAAAUAUUUGAAUCCCUGAACAAAAUUAUUAUUGUCAAUAAUAAACACAGAUGAAUGAGAACUCUGAAGCAACUUUAAUAAUGCACGUAUACUGAUUCAUUUCACUG